AUGGAGGGAACUUAUUGUGUUCUUUUGAUGGAGACAUAUUUCCUGCUUUAUUCAGACUUGAGGCGCUUCUACUUCUACCCGUGGAGUAAGUAUUUCCUAACGCUGUCCCCUCUGUUUAGGUACCAAUGGAAGAACUACAGAUAUGUAUUGGCCUUUUACUUUGCCAUUGAGCAGAUCAAUAAAAGUCCCCAUUUGCUCCCCAACCUCUCCCUUGGUUAUGAUUUGUACAAUGCACUUCCCAGUGAUAAAAAUACUUUAGAAAGUGCUCUAUUUUUGCUCACUGGAGGGUAUCAGUCCCUGCCAAACUACAACUGCCAGAUACAGAAAAAGCCAGUUGCUAUUAUUGCAGGAAACAUGCCAACAUUUUCAGCCCAAGUUGGAACCCUAUUGGAGCUCUACAAAAGUCCACAGGUCACAUGUGGUCCUUUUGAUCCCAUCCUUAGUGAUAAAGACCAAUUUCCAUCAGUUUAUCAGAUGGCCAACAAGGACACCUCUUCAGCUUAUGGAAUCAUCUGGUUGUUGCUGCAUUUUGGCUGGACGUGGGUGGCACUCUAUGUAUCUGAUGAUAUGCAAGGGGAACAGUUUCUCCAGGAUGUAAAGGCAAAGAUGACAGAAAAGGAUAUCUGUGUGGCCUUUACAGAAAAGCUCCCUGCCACAAAAGGUGUCUUUUUAUAUCGUGAGUUUUUUGUUCUUCAUCCAUUUCUGAGGAAAAGCCAGUUGAUAAACAGCAUUGUGUAUAACAAGCCCCUGGAUGAAAAAAGAAAAAUGAUACAGUAUGAUAUCCUCAAUCUUGUGAGAUUUUCUAAUCACAGUUUGCUGUUGGUUAAAGUAGGAGAUUUUGUCUACAGAAGCACCAAAGAUCAAGGCUUGGUCAUCAAUGAAGAGAUGAUAAAAUGUUAUGCUCAGACUCCAGAAUCUGUGUGUAGUCACAGCUGUGUUCCUGGAUUUCAAAAACUUCCCCAAGAAGGAAGACCUGUUUGCUGCUUUAUUUGUGUCUUGUGCCCAGAGUCAGACAUUUCAAACCAAACAAAUGCAAAGCAGUGUAUCCAGUGCCCAGCUCAAGAGUAUCCAAACAGUGAAAGAACUCACUGCCUCCCCAAGCCUGUGACAUUCCUGGCUUUUGAGGAUGCUUUGGGAACAGCCAUGGCCUGUAUGGCUCUGUGCUUCUUUGUCCUCACAGCUAUAGUUUUGGGAGUCUUUGUGAAGCACAGAGACACUCCCAUUGUCAAGGCCAACAACCAGGCUCUCAGCUUUAUUCUGCUCAUCUCCCUCCUGCUGUGCUUCCUCUGCUCCUUGCUCUUCAUUGGCCAUCCUAAUACAACCACCUGUGUCCUCCAACAAGUUGCAUUUGGCCUUGUGUUCACUGUGGCUGUUUCCACUGUUUUGGCCAAAACCAUUACUGUGAUUCUGGCAUUCAAAGCCAUGAGGCCUGGAAGAACCAUGAGGUGCUUGCUGCUAUCAGGGGCUUCCAACUCUGUCAUUCCCAUUUGCUCCUUGAUCCAAAUUAUUAUCUCUGGAAUUUGGCUGGGAACUUCUCCCCCUUUUGUUGACAUAGACUCAUAUUCUGAGCCCAGAAACCUCCUCAUUGUGUGCAACAAGGGCUCAGUCACUGCAUUCUAUGGUGUCCUGGUCUACCUGGGCUUCUUGGCUCUGGGAAGCUUCACGGUGGCUUUUCUGGCCAGGAACCUACCUGACACAUUCAAUGAAGCCAAGUUCCUCACAUUCAGCAUGCUGGUGUUCUGCAGUGUCUGGGUCACAUUUGUCCCCGUAUACCACAGCACCAAGGGGAAGUUCAUGGUGGCCGUGGAGGUUUUCUCCAUCUUGGCCUCCAGUGCAGGGCUCCUAGGUUGCAUCUUUGCCUCCAAGUGCUAUAUUAUUUUGAUAAGGCCUGAUAAGAAUUCUUGGAAAGCUUUAAAAAACAGAAGAGUUUCCGAAUAA